CAACACAGUAAAUGUAAUUAUUGUACAAAAAUGUACGUUCACGUUAAGAUGAAAAGUUGAUACACUUUUAUGCAUAAGCUUACACUGCAAUUAUUGUUUUUAUCUUUGUUUAAAAAAAUCAUAAUGUCAACAUGUAGCAGUGAAGAAAAUGACAAAAACAUUUCUAGUCUGGAAACAUUAUGAUGUUAACUAUGUUCCCUUCGAUUCUUGCAUAGUUACCUAAUAUGCAAUAAACACAGUUGUGUCACAUUAUUUAGGUAUAACUUAAGGUAAGGUUUAGAUAAUGUGGGUAGGUGCACCAUUCUUUUCAAAUAUCCAGUUAGUAUAAUCUAAAUAUAUUUUAGUCUAAUUGUUGCAAUUAACUCCCACAUGUCUCUCAUAAAGAAAGUUUUGUAGAAUGACCUGUGUAUUAUAAAACACAGAAGAUUAUGCGACAUUUUUAUGUAGCUUAUUUAGCUCUAUUUUAGGCCUUGUUGUGUAAAACACUUAAAGAAGAUUGUAACAUAUUUGGCAGAGGAAUAAAUUCCCAAAUACACUCGAGCAAAACAAACACAAAUAGGCUAUAUCGGAAUGCUUUUUUAAGGGAGUACGUCCAUUGUUGUGCUGGAAGUGGCGCGUUCUCAUAACGCAUACGUCAUCAUUCUGCGCCGUUACGAGAAUCAUUAAGCGGCACUUCAAUGCCAUUGAAUGGAGAGAGGGAAUAAUACAGUUUAGUCUAGAGUAGUAAAUCCAACUUCUCAGGUUAUUCCAUAUAGUUAAAUAGAGGAAGUAUUUAGAAAUGAUCGACACGAUUGAAAAAGAGGACACUAUUAUCAGCGAGGAGGAGGCUGCUCAAUAUGAUCGUCAGAUUCGCCUCUGGGGUCUGGAUGCUCAGAAACGACUUAGAGGAUCACGAGUACUUCUUGUUGGACUUCGGGGUCUUGGUGCAGAAGUUGCAAAAAACCUUAUUUUGGCUGGAGUGAAAGGGCUGACUCUUCUGGAUCAUGAGCAGGUGACAGAGGAGUCUAGACGAGCUCAGUUCCUCAUCCCAGUGGAUGCAGAUGGACAGAACCAAGCUCAGGCCUCUCUGGAGAGAGCACAGUUCCUUAACCCAAUGGUAGAGGUGAAGGCAGACACCGAACAAGUGGAAAACAAAUCAGAUGACUUUUUCUAUCAGUUUGAUGCGGUUUGCUUAACUGGAUGCUCCAGAGACCUCAUGGUGAGAGUAGACCAGUUGUGUGCCCCCAGAAACAUCAAGGUCUUCUGUGGAGAUGUAUUUGGCUACCACGGAUACAUGUUUUCCAACCUUGGCCAGGAGCAUCACUAUGUAGAAGAGAAGCCCAAAGUGGUGAAAAGUUCUGAUGAGGCUAAUGAUGGUCCGGAGGCAAAGAAAGCAAAGGUGGACCCCAAUGAGACCACCAUGGUGAAAAAGACGGUGAGUUUUUGCUCUCUCAAAGACGCCCUGGAGGUUGACUGGACCACUGAGAAAGCCAAAAGCAAUAUGAAGCGCGUCCCCUCUGACUACUUCCUUCUGCAAGUGCUUUUGAAGUUUCGCACGGACAAAGGUCGCGAUCCGCAGUCAGUCAGCUUCGCCGAAGACUCGCGCCUACUCCUGCAAAUCCGUGACGAUGUUCUUGAAACCAUGGGUGUGAGCUUGCAGCUGCUUCCCAACACUUUUGUCAGUUACUGUUUCUCUGAGAUGUCUCCAGUGUGUGCCGUAGUUGGCGGAGUUCUUGGACAAGAAUUAGUCAAGGCUUUGUCUCAGAGAGACGCUCCGCACAGGAACUUCUUCUUCUUCGAUGGGCUGAAGGGCAGCGGGGUGGUGGACUUCUUUGGAUCCAACUAAGUGGCCCCUGGAGAACGUGGAGAGCCGAGCACAUGCGAUGUGCGGGGCAUUUGUGCUCUCGAAACACCACGGCGUGCCAGUGGCCGCAGGCAUCAAAAUCUGUCUUUAGACUGUACCUUUGCAUAGCAGUAUGCCACGUGCUAACU